UCGGCACCGCUUUCCGGUUCCGGUCCCGGUCCGUGCCCUUGCCCAUCCGUGUCCCGGCAGCGGGGAUGUUGGCGGCGGCGGCGAGGGGCUUGGCGCGGGUUGCGCUGCGAGGUGGCUUGGGCCCGGGGACGGCGGCAGCGCAGGCCCGGCUGGCGGGGAGCUCUACGGCGGAGACCCGGCCAACUGUCAGACCAAAAAAUGAAGUAGAACAGAAGCAGCUAUGUGCCUUUGGGGAGUACGUGGCUGAGAUUCUGCCCAAGUAUAUCCAGCAAGUACAGGUGACCUGUUUCAAUGAGCUGGAACUUCUCAUCCACCCAGAUGGGAUCAUCCCAGUCCUCACCUUCCUUCGAGAUCACACCAAUGCACAGUUUAAAUCCUUGGCUGACUUGACUGCUGUCGAUGUCCCCUCUCGGCAGUACCGCUUCGAGAUUGUUUACAAUCUCCUGUCUCUGCGGUUCAACAGUCGGAUCCGCGUGAAGACCUACACGGAUGAGCUGACCCCUCUUGACUCAGCUGUGUCUGUGCACAAGGCAGCAAACUGGUAUGAAAGAGAGGUUUGGGACAUGUAUGGGGUUUUCUUCGCCAACCACCCUGAUCUAAGGAGAAUCCUCACAGACUAUGGAUUUGAGGGCCAUCCUUUCCGGAAGGAUUUUCCACUCUCUGGUUACGUGGAGCUGAGGUACGACGAUGAAGUCAAACGGGUGGUGGCAGAACCUGUGGAGCUAUCCCAGGAAUUUCGCAAGUUCGACCUGAACAGUCCUUGGGAGGCAUUUCCAGCCUAUCGUACAGCUCCAGAACCCCUGAAGAUAGAAGCAGGAGCCAAGAAAGAAGAUGCAAAAUAGCAGCAGAAGGGAGCUGAUGCAUGACACCAUCCCUUCUGUUCUAACAUAGUAUUUAUAAUAAUAAAUUCCUAUGAGAUUCUUUCCGGC